AAUUAAUUAAUUUGACAUAAAAAAAUUUAAGAACAUAUAAUAUAUUAUCAUGCUUGUUGUUUCCCCCUUGAAGUAGAAACUUAUUGUUGCCACUAAAAGAGAUAAUUCCAAAUCCUAAAUCACAGCAUAUCAUGCAUAGAUAAAAAAUCUGUACACACUCCAUCUUCAACUAAGAACAAUUAAUAUAUUAAUGGGUGUUGUUACUCAGGAAUAUGCUACUCCUGUUGCUGUGCCUCCUGCGAGGCUCUUCAAAGCCAUGUGUUUAGAUUUUCACAAUCUCAUCCCCAAGAUCGUCGAAUCCAUUCAAAGUAUUGAAUUCACUCACGGUGAUGGAGGUGCUGGAACCAUCAAGAAGCUCACCAUCCUUGAAGGUGGGGAAAGCAAGUAUAUUCUUCACAGAGUGGAUGAAAUUGAUGCUGAAAAGUUUGUGUACAACUUCAGCAUAAUUGGGGGAACAGGGUUGGUUGAGACAUUGGAGAAGGUCCAAUUUGAGAGCCAAAUGGUGGAAGCACCCAAUGGAGGGUCCCUUAGGAAGGUUCAUAUUCAGUUCUUCACAAAGGGUGAUGCUAAGAUGAGUGAACAAGACCUUAAGACUUCUCAAACCAAAGUGGAAGGUGUUGUUAAGCUUGUUGAGGCUUUCCUUUUGGCUAAUCCUGAUUAUUAAUUAAAUAUUAGUGCUUAAUUAGCUUGCAUUUAUUAUGGAGGAGGUUUUAUGUUAUGGAAGUCUUUUAAAUUUUUUUAAAAUUUGCAUUGUGUUACGAUAUGGAUGUCUACUCAAUAUCCAUUCAACAUGACUUAUUCCUCUAA